UAGAAAAUUAGAAACCACAACUAGGAAAUUAGAACGGCUCGGGCAUGACCACGAAAGGCGGCGAAUGCAUCCGCAUCUUUCUGUCAGGAAAUUCUUGGCAAUUUACCAUCCGUCGUAUUGUCCGGAAACGCCUUCUUCUCCCCCUUGGUCAGUUGACUACCUAGGUAGUUAGGUAUUCAACCAGACUAUGGGCGGUAUAACUGCGAGAUAGACUGAGUCUAAUCACCGAACGGAGAUGCCACAGACGAGCAACUAUACUUCGCGCGUCUGGGAUGGAUACACUAUUCCCAUAAGUGACGAUACAAGACGUCUCCAGAGGAGUCGUACUACUUCCUGCCAACGUGGUUGAUGGAUGAGGAUAAUACGCACUCGCCCGCGGAAUGUGUGCUUGACCAGCGACAGCAGCACGUCUCCGCUGCUGCUGCCAGCCCCCGUCAACAUCCACAUCCACCUCCAGCGGCGGCGCCCCAGUAUUGGCACCCCAGUAUUAGUUGGUCCAAAGAGCGUGUCUAAACUCCCCUCGGCCAAACUCCGCACCUCGCGCCGCAAAUACAAAAAAAUCACUAAUAGCACCCAUAUUGACUCUAUUGGCAAUGUCAAGCGACCCAGCAGCAGCAGCGGUGGCGCGGCUGAGCCUAUCACCCGCCCCAAAGCCGAAGCCAAAGCCAAAGCCGCGGUGCGCGCCAACCACAAGGUAUUACUCGAGGGCAACUACUGCCGCCGCGUCAACCAGCAGUUUGAGCGGCUGCCUGGCGUGCUCGGCAACAACCCUGACGAUGACAGCAGCAACUUCCUGGACCAGGAACUCGCCAUGGCCGCGGUUGCGUCGCUGGCCACGGAGAAAGCCGUCAGCAAGAUCGAGAUGUUGGACCAGGCGCGGCGGCGCAUCCUGGCUGUUGAGGCGGAUAAUCAAAGCUGAAAGGGCAGUUGGCUGCUAAUAGGAGGGUGGUGAGGGCAGCGUAAUUAGCUGGGGGGUUGGGAACAGCGAAUUAGGGGGCGAAGAUAAGACGCCGUGGCGGUUGGAAAGUCGAUUCUAGGGCUGUUGGUAUCAAAGGGGGAUGUUGGAAUAACAUACUGGAAUGACGCGCUGAUCCAAGGAAUGCGGCUCCGCAUUCCUGGCCACAGCAACGUCUGUGGAGGAGCGGGCCUGACAGAUGCAUAUAUAUUGGCCUACGCCCACCUGUUCAGAUAGAUAAAAAGACAGACACAAACGAAUCCAUCACUUGAACCACCACCUUAUGGCGCGCAGCGCGCCAUGCUGUUUCCAGUACCGGUACCCUGGUGAUUCCUACA